AUGGCUGGAGAUCUCGUCCUGUUAACCGGCGGAACCGGCAUGAUCGGAUUCAAGACCUUGAUCAAGCUCCUCGAAGCAGGCUACUCCGUUCGCGCUGCCGUCCGCAACCAAGCUGGUUUUGACAAGAUUUCCGCCUUAAAGCCCACCGCCAACUACAAGCAGCAGCUUAGCAGCGUCGUAGUUCCUGAUAUCACUAUUCCAGGUGCUUAUGACGAAGCCGUCAAAGGAGUCAAGUACAUCGUCCACGUCGCCUCACCCUUGGCGGGGAAAAGCCAGGGAAAUGACUAUGAAGCUGCAAUCAUCCAGCCUGCUAUCCAAGGCACAGUGGGCAUAUUGGAGUCUGCAAACAAGACCGUGGGCAUUGAGAGGAUUGUGAUUACUGCAUCUGUUGCGUCGCUCGCUUCCACUGCACGACUCAGCACGGGGAAAAUCGUCGAUGAACAAACCCACGACGUUCAGACCAAGGGACCAUUCACCAACGAAUUCGCUGCCUAUUCUGCCUCAAAGGGCCUAUCAUUCCAAGCCACCAAGGACUUUGUAAAGGAAAAAAAACCCUCCUUUGACGUUAUUUCCAUUCUACCGACCUUUGUUAUUGGACGGGACAACACUGUCACAGAUGUCAGCAACAUUGGCAAAGGGACUAAUGGGUUUGUCAUUGGCCCUAUUCUCGGACAGCCACGCGACAACCCCAUGAAUGGAAUCACCGUGCAUGUUGAUGACGUCGCAAAGCUGCAUGUUUUAUCUUUGGAUCCGAAAAUUGAGGGAAAUCAGGCUUUCUUGGCGGCUGGUCCGAAUUACAGCGCUGUUGUAUGGGCUGACUCGUUUGACAUUGUGAGGAGGCACUAUCCAAAGGAAUAUGCGGCGGGCGUGUUCAAGUUCGAUUCGAUUACUCCGCCUGUUACGGUGCUUGCAAAAGUUGAUAAUGCCAAGGCAAGGAAAACGUUUGGUAUUGAGUUUAAGAGUUUUGAGGAGCAGGUUGUUUCUCUUGUUGAUCACUUUUUGGAGCUGAGGGGGCGGGGGUAUUACAACAAACUUACUUCGACAUACAGCGCGUAUGCCAUCUACGCAAUGGCUCUUCCCGUCGGCGUUCAUAUUGGUAUUGAGCUUACCAACUUCGUGAAGCCCUUGGAAAAGGCGGCUUUGAAGCUGGGAACUCUGGCAGCCCGGGAAGCUUUCCGCGUCUUUUGA